UUCGUAGAAUGAUCCCAUUUUAAGCAAGCAGAACCAUUUAAGCAAUCAUAAAAAUCUGCCCUUUUGAGGAGCGUUUACUUAUCAGUUAUAUCAUAAAGGUUUCGCAUUCGCAGUACUCAACUUAACGAUUGCUUCUGUGCACGACUCUCCUCUUCUAGCCUCUUCUUCAGCUUGUAGGUUGCCUCCCGAGUUGUGUAAUCUCCUUGGCACGGGCAACUGCAUCCCUAUUAGGUCGUAAUAGGGGAAGAAAGGGAGGUGCAAUGCUCUUGAACGGGUGAUUUUCCCUUUCUAAAUUCGGUCAAAAAACCAAAGAGUGCUUUUUCAUCAGUUUGACAAUGGAGCUUAAUACCACCAAAGAUGCAUUUGAUCGUGUCACAAAGAAGCAGAAGCUAUCCACUACGAAAUCUCAAGAACUAAUUGAACUGCUUGGCCAAGAGAUAGAAAACGCAUUGUCAAAACUCCAAUCAUCCCCUGAUACUACUUCCCAACCGGAUCAUAACGUGAUCCUGAGUGAACUGAAAAGCAAAUUGAGUGAGAUUGCUCCACUCAGUCAGAUGGAAGGCACGCAGAAAGAACUCAAUAUAGCCCUGAGCAAGUAUCCAAAGAUCCUUGAAAAAUUGUUCAACCCCGACAUAGCAAAAGCUUAUAGAAGUGUCGACUUUGAUACUCACACAAUUAACCAGAUAAUUGCUAACCAUUUCUAUCGGGAGGGCAUGUUUGAUCUGUGUGAUUGCUUUGUAAACGAGGCCAAGGAAACAGAAGCGGCCACAAUGCGAACUCCUUUCAUGGAAAUGUAUGAGAUACUCAAUGCCAUGAAAUCUAGGGACCUAAAGCCGGCACUGACCUGGGCUGCUGCCAACCGUGACAAACUGAAGCAAAACGGAUCCCACCUUGAUUUGAAACUUCACCGUUUGCAGUUUGUGGAAAUACUUCAGACCAGAGGGAGAGACGAAGCGCUCAACUACGCUAAAACUUUCCUUGUUCCCUUCGCUUUGGACCACAUGGCUGAAUUCCAGAAGCUAAUGGCAUGUCUAUUGUGGGCUGGAAGGCUUGAUAUUUCCCCCUACGCUGACUUACUUUUGCCAACCCAUUGGGAUGAUCUGAUCGAGGAGGUCAACCGUCAGUUCUGUAAUAUUCUUGGACAGCCUUUCCAGAGCCCGUUGAGCGUGACAGUUGCUGCUGGAGUCCAAGGGUUGCCGACACUUCUGAAACUGAUGAAUGUGAUGAUGGGGAAGAAGCAGGAGUGGCAGUCUAUGAAGCAGUUGCCCGUGCCAGUGGAUCUGGACACGGAGUUUCAGUUCCAUUCGGUGUUUGUGUGUCCAGUGUCUCGGGAGCAAGCGAGUGAAGAGAAUCCGCCAAUGUUGUUGUCGUGUGGGCACGUGCUGUGUAAGCAGUCCAUAACGAAGUUGUCCAAGAAUAACAGCACAAGGCCUUUCAAGUGUCCGUACUGUCCGUCGGAGGUUGAAGUUUCUAAAUGUAGGCAGUUGUACCUCUGAUUUGUGGUUCUUUCUCACUUAAAUGUAUUGAAUUAUUAUUUCGUGUUGGAAAGACAAUGUUUGGUGUUGUUUCUUGCCGGAAUGCGGUGUUGAUUGUGGCAAAAUCUAGUAUGUUCAUUGUGUUAAUGUGUAAAAUGCAUUCAGUGUACAUAAAAAGUGUUCUUUGCACAUUUUGUUCUCUAUGAAAUGAGAAAACAAGAUGGUUGUUAA